AUGAGGAAGGUGAAUCUGCUUAACCGCUGCACUCGACAGUGUCUUUUUCUUGUCGUGCUGGUGACCCAAAUCUGUGGGGUCACCACUUACGUCUACAGCUCGAAGGAACAAUGCUUUCGGCAAUCCGGUAUCCUGCGGCUGUAUUCCAGCGUAAUUCUUGCCUUUAUGUCACUUUUGUUUCUUAUUAACAUAAGUAAAAUGCUCGAUAAUCCUCAGAAAGCAUGGCCAUUUUUGGUGGGCAGCAUUGUAUUGCUGGCUGUUCGAGUGCUUGGGUUUAUGGAGAGUCUGGAGAUCGUUGAGCUAUUGAACGAAAUGCUUGGAAUACUGAGGCAAGUAAAAGUGAUGUCCAGGCAUCCGAACAUCUUUCGGUUGAGACACCUGCUGCUUCUUCUCCUCGCCCUUCAGAAUCUUCUUCGAUCCCUCAACAUAUUGGUGGGGUUACGCGACUUCUCCGGUGAGGCCUAUGACACGUUGGCCAAUAGUUUAUUAUUGCUUAUUGUGCUGGGAGUCCUAUUGAGUUUUCUUCUGCAGAUCACUAUAAAUAUUUGUCUAUAUGUGGUCCUCAUUGCUUGCUACAGCGAAAUGCACCGAUGCACUCGAAGAAUCUCAAAAGAUAUGGAUACAUUAAGCCAAUCCCACGUCCUCGAAAGUGGACAAUUUGUGGUCUUGGUGAAACAACUUCAAGGGAUCACGGAGAGGUUGAUAAGACUGCGUUCAAAAGUUUUUCAUCUGACACUUCGGAUCAGCCAGCACUUUCGGUUCAAUUGGCUAUGCGCUAUUAUAUAUGGCUUGUUGCCUUUUUUGCGCUUUACGGCCAUUGACCGGAAUGGUUUUUAUUUUCUCACCAUAUCUGCAUUGAACAUAUUGUUCCAGUACACCAUUUUUGACAUUCUGUCAUGUGAAUCAAGAAUGACCAGGAGUUUUUGCAGUUUUCGGAUAUUGUCCUUUCAUAAGGAUAUCAAUAGAACCAUUGACGAAUUACUCCAUCAGGAAAUUAGGGAACGCCUAAAGGCAGCAUAAAAGACGACAGCUCUGGCAAUAGCAACAACAUCA